GAGUUCAAUAUUUAGUCUCCUGGCGGUUGCCAUCGACAGAUAUCUGGCUGUAAAAAUACCCCUGAGGGGUGAUUAAAAGAAACAUGUAUGCUGUUGAAGAACAUCCUGAUGAUGCACAAGGACGGCCCAAUGACAACAGAUCUCGAGAAGUAGGAUUAGGAUUAGGAAAAGCUGGUCAACGAAGUAAAGAUGUCUAAGUGGAAUUAAAAGAGUAAAGAGGAAACACAGAGCCUAUUUAUGGGUCCAUUAUCAACAGUCCAUCUACAUUCAUUGCAGAAAUCUUGAUCUCUUUAGAGAGACAAUACAAGCUAUAUUCAGGCUGUAUAUGAUACAAUCAUUUUAUGUUGAUUCAUAUAUGAUUAUUAUUUUCAUGAUAGUCAUAUUAUUUUCUAUAAGAGUUAUAUUAUAUAUUUGAGCUAUGAAUUAUGCUACCUAAUCUUAGAAUGGAAAACUAUCACCGUUGACAUUUCCACAAGAAAUGUUGAAGUCCAAGUUUUGGAGAGUGUUACAUUUCACACUGGUCAAUUUCAGUGUCGAGCUCCUGUCAUAUUUGUUCAGAAUUAAUGGAAAUCAAUGGAAAGAAUAAAGGAAUGAAUAACAAAAAUAAUUACAUAUUGACUGGUGCACAAAGAAAGUGUGCAUAUCUAAUUUCAUACAUACACUCUUGAACACAGCCAGCACGGGAAUGACACAGAGAAGUGAGCCAGUUUGUGUACACGUGUUAAGUCUUCGGGCGAAUGCAGUUUUUCUUGAAUCAGAGUGUUUCUAGAGGUGCUAUAAGGAAACCCUGUUGAUAAAAGUUUUUAAGGCACAUCAAAUCAUCUCGGAUCUUGGGUGGUCUUGUUACUCUUAAGAUGGCCAAUAUGUGCAGAAUAUUUCAAGUUGGGCUGUAGUUACUGGAAAUACAAUGGAUGUUUUUGGCAUGAACGCAGUUAGUACUGUUGAUGAUCCAAAAACAAUCAAGUGUCCUCACUGCCAGUGUUGCCCCUUCCAUUCGCCAGACUGGACCAACGUCCACCUCUCUCUCUCUCUCUCCCAUGUGUAUAAACACAACAGCUCGGUGCUGAUCAGUACUGUAUAUAGCAAUUUGCCCUCCAACUGCUGAUACUAAAUAGGGUUUAAGUUUCCUAAAACAGUGGGCAGCUAAUACAUAACUGUGAUCGUAUUCUUGCACCAGAAUGCCUCUCCACUGCUAAGUAGCAGCAAGACCAGGGCAUUUCUUUCCUCAGUCAAUCACUCUUGUGGAGGUGAGGGCAUGAUCGAGCAUUCAUCUGGAAAGAGAGUAAGCGGUAAGCAGUCCAUGUAACCGGUCCUGCUCAACCCACUCCGAGCGGGAUUCGAACCAGCGUCAGCCAGCCUGGGAGGUGGGCGCGCUAACGAGGAGGCUAAAGGCUACAGCCUCUAGAGGCAGUCGCUAGGUUUACACAUACCGCACAGCUAUCACGUACCAGCUGGCUCCUGCUACACACAUAACAAUGAUGAGUGCAUUUAUAUGCACAAUCUUACACCGGUAAUUCUUUACACGGUAAUUCUUUAACACUUCAACAUUUUCAUUUAUCGGCGUAAGGUCAUAAACAUUUAAGCAUAAACCGAUCAACACAAGCAAGAUUUUUGCCCAUUACUGUGCAUGAAUCUCCAAAACAAUCGCAUCAUAAAUCGCAUCAUAAAUUGUGCUUCUUUAGCUCAGAUACCAACACCCCAAAAAAAGAAAAAGUGUGCAUGCAUGUUCUCGAGUUGACUGACAGGCAAUGUCUGCAUCUGAAAUGUGAUUGGAUCUUUUACCUCUAAGGUGGGACUUCCUUGUCUAUACAAAUCAUAUUGGGUGUUCCAAUAGACCUUUUUCACAGACUGUGAUGGCGUGUUCCCGCCUUAUUUAGCCGAGUAAUUCUAGAAAACAUUUUUUUUUGUGUGUGUGUGUGUAAAUUUAUAACAUUAUGCUUUGUGUUAUAUUAUUCUGAAAUUAGUACAAAAAAACAAAAACAAAUUGACCAUAGCUGAGAUGGGGUAUCCAGUACAGCUGAUGAGAGACAGUAAAUUUGGUAUCUUCUCUCUUCUGACAAUUUCCCUGAUCCAGCUAGACAUUAAAAUAUUGUCAAAAAGUUUGGCUAACCAAUUAAGUUAUGACAUCUCUUAUACAUAUAGAUCAGGUGGGGUUUAUUUGGGGCCGUAGCUCUUCUGAUAACAUUAGGUGUUUAAUCAAUAUGAUGAGGUCAGUGGUGAAUGAUCAGACUCCAGUCGCUGCUGUCUCACUUGAUGCUGAAAAGGCGUUUGAUAUGGUAGAAUGGGAUUAUCUUUUUAAGAUUUUGGAAAUGUAUGGGUUCGGGAAUACUUUUAUUGAAUGGAUUAAGUUACUUUAUAGACACCCGGUAGCAGCAGUACAAACAAAUGGAUUAAUUUCAGAUUAUUUUAAUCUGGAUAGGGGCACCCGGCAGGAUUGCCCUCUUUCCCCAUUAUUGUUCUGUCUUGCCCUGGAACCAUUAGCAGCCGCGAUAAGUAAGGAUAAUGAUUUUCCAGGGGUGGUGGCGGGAGGUGUGGCGUAUAAGCUUCUGCUUUACGCAGAUGAUAUUUUAUUAUUCGUCUCCGACCCCACUAGAUCUAUGCCUUGCCUCCACAGAAUUAUUAAUUCCUUUUCUAAGUUCUCAGGAUACAGAGUCAAUUGGUCUAAAUACGAAGCUUUGGCUCUGACAGCCCGGUAACGGCUUUUCAGCCGUGCGCCUUCCAGUGGCCCAAACAGGGCAUUAAGUAUUUGGGCAUUUAAUUCCCAGCAAAUUUGUGUGAUUUAUUUAUAGUUAAUUUUGACCCCUUAAUAAAAAGGUUUUCGAGCGAUGUGGGCAGGUGGGCUUCAUUACAUUUAUCUAUGAUUGGGAAGGUUAAUGUUAUUAAAAUGAAUUGUAUUCCAAAAUUCAACUUCCUGCUACAAUAUCUCCUAUAGAUGUCCCCCUCUCUUAUUUCAAGUGAUUUGAUAGCAUAGCGAAGUCCUUCAUUUGGAAUGGUAAGCGUCCCAGAUCACAUUUCAGUAAGUUACAUAGGCCGAUUGACAAAGGUGGGCUAGGCCUACCUAAGAUUUUGUUUUAUUAUUAUGCAUUCGGUCUCAGACCUUUGGCUCAUUGGUCGCUUCCACCUAAUAGAGCCCCUCCCACCUAAUAGAGCCCCUCCCUGGUUUUGUACUGAACAGAAAGUUCUUGCCCCUAUUUCACUAUUGCGAAGCCUUUCUAUCAAACUAAGUCUGUUUGUAGUAUCUUGAUUAUCCCUCUCUGGAAUGCUGCUUGCUUUUUUCUUUUUUUGGCAACGUGAUCUUUUGGGGGGUGAACUGUUCUUUUAAUGCACCUGUUCACAUGAGUAAAGCAUGGGGAGAAAAAAAAAAGAGAGAUACAGUAGUUAUGAUUGUUAAGGUGUUCUGUUCGGUUUUUAGUGUGUUGCUGUGCUGCUGCUGCUUGGGUGGUUGCUUACUGGCCCAAGUCAUUAGAACACACUCCAAUACCUCUAUGACAGAGGCUGCAUCUGAAAGCAAAGUCAGAUGCCUUGAUGCCUCACUGCCCGGUCAGUCAAUGACUUGCAGUGAUUUGCAAAUGGUCUGCACGGGCUUUAAAAUGAAACCUGACCCGUACCCGAGACCGCACUGCCCGACCCUUCCUGGCCCGAACAUUACCAUCAGAUUUUAAGCCUGAGCACGACCCCAAACUGAAUUCGCUCUCAAUCUUUAUAAUUUCUUCUCCUAGCAUGUAUUGUUGCAAUAGUCUGUAUUAUAUGUAAGCAUCGUACGCAACAUAAUGUACGUUAUAGUAUUGUAACCGUAAACAUACAAGACACAGUGGCCCCUCAGCACAUAAGAGCAGAAGGAAUUGGUUACUGUUUAUUAAGCACCAAAACUUUGCUAGAUGCAGAAAAUAAAAACUGCGAGACGUGAUGCAACAGUCAAAGAUGUUUGUCCAGUAUGUGUUUACAUAGGAAAACAAUUGGAAAAACAGAGUAGUCCUCAUGUGUGUGAGUGAGAGUGCUUGCGUGAAACAUGUUUGUUAGGCUUGUUUAUUUUUUUCAUUCAUUACAAACGUGAACCCGAAAUCAUACUUAAAAAACUGUCAGGGUUGGGUUGCUGAUCUCAACUCGUAAGAACCCUGGUUUCAGACUGCCUUCUGAGACACCAUUAUUUCAUGUCCAAUGACCUAAAAGUAUUUAUAGUGAGCUUUAGACACACCCGGGCAAUUAUUCAGCAACUAUAAUGCUUACUAAUAAGAAAUUGAAUAGUUUAUAUUGUUUAUAAUUUAUAAACUGAUUACUGCUUUCACCCACUCCAUCAGACGCCAUAUUUGAGAAUUUGCAGAAUUUUGAGAUAUCAAAGUUGGCUUAGUCGAUGCUGCCUUAAAAAAACUGCCCAGAUCAAGGCAUUCCAGUUGACAGGAUGAUUCGGAUGUGCCUUGAUGCCUUCCAGCCUCCAUGUACAGCCUCUGAAAGCAUCAAUUUUCAGCUUUCAGAUGCAGCCAGAGUUAGUCAUUCCUACUCCUCCACCAUCCUGCAGAGUUAAUUUCAAACUCUGCUCCAACACACCUGCCUCCAAUUUUCAAGUAAACCCAAAGAUCUGGAUUAGUUGGUGUGGCAGGGCAGACGGUGGGGCCAGGCCAUGAUGCUGCACACGGCUAAUCAGGCUGAUCAAGCCCGAGGGGGAUUAAGGCGACAGGAGGCGGCAGUUCGAGAGAGAGAGAAUUACAGGAAGCUGCCCUGCAUGUGUUUAUGUUUGUGUCUUUUUGUUUAAGUUUAUUAUUAAACUAUUAUUUAUAUUGUCAAGCCGGUUCUCGCCUUCUCCUUUCCUGUUUACCUUGUUACACUGGUGCCGCAACCCAGGAAGGAGGAGGGAUGCGCCGUAGUAGAGUCCUCGCCACUACCAUCCACCAAAAUCGGAGCAGCCGCGGCCAUCCGCCGGGGGAUGGAGGAGCCCGGCCGCCUGAAAGCGGAGGAACAGCCGCUGGCCGCAAGGGGAUGAGGGGCUCCUAGCCAACCACCUGGAGUGGUCAGGGCCACUGCCAGGGUGUAGGAGACCCCUACCGGCCACUAAAACGCGGCGGGGUCUAAAGAGGACUGCCGACCGCGAGCAGGGAGGGGCUCCUGGCUGACCGCCUGGAGUGGGAGAACCGCUGCCAGGGACGGGGGAGACCCCUACCGUCCUCCGAAAACGCGGUGGGGCAUUCCGUCCGCCAGGGGCCGGAUGACUGCCUCCGAUCCGCCUGGGGAGGUGCGGCUGUCGUCCACUAGAGGGUGGAGGAGUGGCCGAGGACCAAGCUACGGCGUAUCAGAGAACCGGCGAGUAAUGUUUUUAUUUUAUUUUUUCUCUCUCUCCUCUCUCUCUCCCGCUGUUGCUCCAUGUUGGCCUUUCCCUCCCGUUUUUUGUUGUUGUUGUUUUUUCCCUCCCCUUGUCACCCUCCCAGGUCCGAAGAGGUGGGGAUGACCUGCCAGCAGACGGGGCCGGAAGGGAACUUGGAGUAGCCAAGUACCCCAGAAUUGCACAUUUUUGGAUGUCUCCCUGAUUUGACACAGCUAAUUCAGGUCAUGAAGCCUCUGCUAAUGUGCUGAUGAGUUCCAUCUGUUGUGUUAGAUAAAGGAGACAUGCAACAUGUGUUGAGGUUUUGCUGACAGAUGAGGUAGCAUAAUUAAAAUGACUAAAUAAAAAGUUAUGAUUGUUUUACUACAAACUUUGAGACUAAACUAAAACUACUUAUCAGCUAACAUAGCACACUGAUACACACAUACAGCUACAUACUACCGAACUAUACCAGACAGUUUACUGUUGCACUGCACUGUUAUGUAGCACUAUUGUAUGUUUUGUAUGUCAUAUGUUGUACUCCAGGAAUCAAAUGCGCUGCCGAUGUUCACUCUAGUUUUCGAUCGACCACGAUCACGUUCCCACUUAGCCAGAAGGGAUUCAGUAGAUAAAUGUUUUUUUUUUGGCUUACUCUGAGUUUGUGUAGGAGUCGGUGUUGUGCUUGGAGCCGGACGUUUGCUGGAUUCCAUCUCUAAGAUAACGUUACCUAGUGUUGCAAUUUGUUGUCGCUGUUGAAUAGUGGAAGCACUGAGGCAAGGCUCUCGGGGGCGCGCAUAAACGUCACAUCCUUUGGAUUUUCCCUGCAAAAGCGACCCCCUCCCUUCGCAUGAAAAUCAGUCUACAGGCUUUAAUAGGCAACCUAGGAAGUCCGGGAAGGGCUCAUUUUAUAAUCUGCAUUACAAGCUGUUCACACAUUGGCAAAAUAAAAGGUGAAUAUUACAUGAAAAUUAUUACAUAUUUCUUACAGGUUAGUUAUCCUUUUCCUUUCUAGACCUUUUUUUGUUUACUAUUUUGGGCCAGUGGUCACCCUGAAAUUCAAACACCUACUGUGUAUAUUUUUGUUACAUCUUUGGAAAUCAUUACUGUUAAUAAAAAACAAUAUUGUAUCUUUGAUCACUGUUGUCUGGCGUGCUUGGUCUGAUGGUUGAGCAGGGAACACACCUUCCUUCACCUUGUUGCAUCCCACCCCUAAGAGACAUAACAAAAUCUGUUGCAAGUAAAGUCUCCUGUGCACUGCGUGUGAGGAGCACAAUUUGAAUGGUCACCAUAUUUUUUAAGUUACAUUUUCAUGUAAUUUACUGUAAAUUUAACAGUCAUAGAACAGGAAGAAAAGCUUUGUCAAUAAUUUUAUACCCCUUUAUCAGAAAUGUAGAGGAUUUGCCCUUAUAAAAGUUUACCAUUGUUCUUGUUUAACUGCGGCAUUUGUUAUAAUAAGGCCAUAACCACAGGUAAGUCCAUUGAUGGCUCUGGGGUUAGAUCAAUGUAGAAAAUAAAUGAUAGUAUUUGUUAUUAAAAAAACAAAAAACUAAUGGCCUAAACACAUUUAGAAACGUUAGUUACAACUUUCACAGUUAUUUCAAAUAAUAAAGUCUAAUAGAUUCGCCCUAAUAGAUUUAAUAGGAAUCUGUAACAUUUCUGUCAUAAUACUAGUUAAUUUUACUACAGUAAAAAAAACAUUAGGACUUUACAUAAGUGCUGUAAUUUAAAACAGUCUGUAAAAUUUCUAAUGGGUUGCAUAAGUUUUGUGUUCUGUGCUGCAGUAUCGAGGGAAGCCUUGUUGAUUGCAGCAAGUGAUCAGCUCUGCGCUAUCCUAUCUCUCUGGCUCUGCAAUGGCUUGUGCCACAAUCACGUGAAAACCAGGCUUCAAUCAUGCCAUGCAAAAGACGAGCCUGCAUUUGAGACAAGAAGUAUAUUUAGUGCUUAUAAAGCACUGAACGCAAGAUGUAUAUGAUUAAAUAUGCUUUGGUGGCCCAACAUUUACAGAAUUUCAAUGCAGGAAAAACCCUGAAAACGUCACUCACCAAAGUGGCUAGUAAGAGUGAUGGAAUUACCCUUCAAUGCCGAUUUCAACCCGCAUUUGCCGGGUGGGCGUGUGUUAAUGUCAAGCCCUGGUCACGUGUCAAAGUUUAUUACUUAGGGUUAGGAGUUUGUUUAUAUGUGCUGUUAUCUCUCUAUCCCUGUAUCUGUCACUGGGGCAGCACCAAUAAUGGCUGUGACAGUCCGGGUCUCUCAGAGAAAAGUUGUGGUGGGUGUGAUGAAUAAUGCACCUCAUGUAUUACUUCACUUCUUCAGUGGAAGCAGAAUCUGAGCUGUCAGAGGGUGCCUGAUAAAGAGCCUCCUAUUGAAAGUUUAAGCCAUCAGUCACCCGAGUGUUUUAAUGCAAAGCUAUCUUCCCCUAUCUCUCUUUCUUUAAAUUAAUUUACUGUAUAUACAAUAAACAAUGGCCCCGAAAAGUAUUUGGACGCUUUUAGAUACUUAAGUCACACAUAAAUACUGUGUGUAUGAAUAUAAUCGCAUUGAAAAUAACAUAUCAAUCCAAGUAGCACCUGCAAAUAAAUGGUGCUAGACCUUUUCACAGAACUGACAUCACUUUUUUGAGCCAUAUUUUAAUUAAUUGGUCUUGUGUUGAGGUGAUUAAGUGUAUGAAGUUCUCACAGGUGUCUUAGCAGAGUAACCAAUGGUGUAUUUCAUCGCAUUAACUAUGGACAUGUUCUACUAAUGUUUGACAACAUUUUCUUUAUUUGCCAGUAUACCUACUUUGAACAGUAUAUCUUUUGUUUUAUAAUCUUAAACCCAACAAACUAUUUUGUGAAAUAUUUUGCUUGAAAAGUUAAAUGACUUUUUGGGGCCACUGUAUAUACAAUGAACUAUGCCAAACUUGUAAUAUUUUAAUUCUUUCUUUUGCUAAUACUAUUUUUUUUUUACUGUCUUUUAUUCAUCUAUGUUCUCCAUCCACUCCUCUGUUCAGGUAUAAGGAGCUUGUCACAGGGAAGAGAGCAAGAGAGAUCAUCGCCAUUUUAUGGAUCUUAUCCUUUAUCAUUGGACUCAUCCCAUUUGUGGGCUGGAACAAAAGAUACAUAUCCUGUUCCAGAAACGAAAGCAACUCUUUACAGUCUACCAACACUAGCAAUGCCGCCGAGAUGGAAACAGGCUUCUUGCGAAGCUGUUGUCUCGAGUGCUUGUUCGAGAAUGUGGUGGACAUGAGCUACAUGGUGUACUUCAACUUCUAUGGUUGCGUGCUACCACCUCUCCUCAUCAUGCUGGGCAUUUACGUGAAGAUCUUCACCGUGGCACGCAAACAGCUGCGUCAGAUCGAGCUCAAAUGCAGCGUGAGCAAUGGCGAGAAUCACCACCACGGCUUGCUGCAACGGGAGAUUCGUGCUGCUAAAUCGCUGUCCAUCAUUGUGGGCUUAUUUGCUCUCUGCUGGCUGCCCGUACACAUUUUGAACUGUCUCACUCUCUUCUACAGCCAUCUCAAGAAGCCCGGCUUUAUCAUGAACAUUGCCAUCAUCCUCUCGCACGCCAACUCCGCCGUCAAUCCCAUCAUCUACGCCUAUCGUAUUCAGGAGUUCAGAGUCACUUUCAGGAAGAUUUUGAACCGACAUUUCCUUUGCCAACGGGAUGAGAUGUAUCUUAGCUCCAAUGGAAGUAGCAGACACAAAGACCAGAUUAAAAUGACCAUUGACCCUCUACUAUAGUUAUAGUUCUUGGUCAAAAUAUAUGGAGAGAAAUGUUUACAGACCAAAGAACUGCAAACAAUCUAACUAUGUAUUUUCAACACGUCAAAGGUUGUGGCCCACUAUUAAUGAAAAGACAUGUCUGGACAACUUCGUGAUUUGUUAACGUUAAACUGUGAAAAAAAAACAAAAAAAAAAACUUUUGUAACUACAAAGUCUGUGGAAAUAUUUAUGGAUUACAUUUCAACUUUCAAACCUGAACAAGCACUAACAAACUUGAGCAGGGGCCUUAUUCAGAGCCUUAGUACGGGAAUACAAGCUAAGAGUGGCUAGUUUCCCACUGUAACUGCUAAACUCUAACAUGUAUGAAGAUCCUGUAGAACAAUUAAAUAAUAGGAAAUACCUGCUUUAGUGGGCAGCUUUGCCAAUUAGAUGAUAACAGAAUAGCCCAGAAGAACAAUCUUAAUUUAAAUGGCUGAUAUAGAGGGGCACACAAAGAAACAGCUUUUAUGAUGACCACUGUUAUAAUAAGUGUUAUUUUAAGUGCCAUGCUUUAAUUUAUUAGGACCUUAUGAUGUUAUUGUAUGAUUAAGAUGGUUGAUUUAGAAUGCUCAGGAAUUCACACGAGGUAAAGACAUAUUUAAGAACAUUGGUUGUCCAUUCACAGCACAGUUAAGCCAUUUGUUUGUUUUAGUCUUGACAAUUUCACAAUGAUCCAGAAACCAAGUUUUUCAGCAAAUAACUCCAGCAGGGACACUGCAUUCAAAUACACAUACCACGUAUGUUGGCCCCAAGAAGUAUUUAGGCACUUUAACCACAUUUAAAAUGUAUGAAUUUCUGCAAAACAAUGACACUAGUUCUUUUCCAGCCUGAUCUCUUCAUCUCAUGACUGGCAAUGUUUUUACAAAAAAAAAAACAUUAUGUGCUUCUUUACAGAUAUAUUUUUCAUUUUUGUAAUUAUUUUAACCAACUGGUCAGGUCAUUUUUAGUCAAUGUAUGAAGUAAUUUCCCCUUAAGUUAACACUGGUUUGACAACCAAAAAGUCUCCAAUUACAUUUUUUCUUAGUUUUGAGCAGGAUAUCUAUUGUUGAAUAAAUUAAAAUCUAACAAACUUCUGUUGCCAGUUGGGUUCCAAAUGCCUUGAGCGCCCAAAUACUUUUUAGUGUAAACACUCAUUCUCACUGUUCCUUUUUAUGAACAACCUGUUUACCAUAUACAACCAUUACAUCCUCUUUCAUGCUAACACAUACAGUAUAUUCCCACUGUCCCCAGAUGUGAUGGUACAGCACACUGGGAUCUGAUUUCUGACUGCCCUGCUAAUGUGUCACAGCCCUUAGGACUCAAGUUUGUCAUUGAAUGUCUGACUGUGACAAGCCACCCGAACCAAAACAAGAGCAGCUGACAUAAAGCAAAGACUGUCUCCUCUAGAGAGAGAUUUACAGUGUCACUACUGGAGCUAACUAGUUUAUGACACACCAUACUGUCAAUACUGUGACUUUAUUCUAUUAAUCACUGAUUGUCACCUUUACAGUAUACCUACUCUGUAGAACAAAUCUGAGACUUGGUCUUUUCAUUGAUGCCUUUUUAUGCCCAAACUGGCCAGUGUUUCUGUAUAUCAUUUAGGCUACAUUUUGCGCUUGAACAAAUAUGGUUAUAAAAUAAAAUCUUAGAGGAUUCUGAGCCAUGUCAAUGCAGUAAGUGCACAUGUUCCUUAUAGGUUUGUAUCUUGCUUGCAACAUGUCCCCUAAUCCCAUUUUCUGUCUCUCUCCAACAUAUAUUGGUCCAAUAAAAGUGGCAAAAAGCCGAUCCUCAGAAAGCUCAGAGAACAAUACACGUGUUGUUAGACACCAUAUUUUGUGUGCCGUAUUAUGAGAUCAUAUUAAUUAAAGAACAUUAUCCCUUUCAGACCCCAAUUAUGUUCCAGGGACACAAAAAUAUGACCAUGCUUUAUUUCUACUCAAAAUGCAGCUAUAAAUGAAAUGCAUUUUCAUAAUUUUAUUUGCACAUGCUGCCAUGCUUUAUUUCAAAGCAAGAUUUUUUUUUUUUUUUU